UCCAGAAGUACCGUACGCGCGAGUGAGUGAGUGAGCGAGUGAAGAGAGAGGACGCACCGACUGCGCGAAGAAGACACUCUCGUGGGUAGCCGAGGAGUGGAUGCGAGCAUCCCAAACUCCUCAGCAUAACAGGUUUAUAAGUGACCACCUUCUUUUGAUGUUCAGGGAUUAUAACAAGAACUUUUUGGAGAAGAAUAUUGCGGGGGCUUUUUCUCAGCGAGGGAAUCCAUCCCUCAUAAUGAAAUGAAAAUGAGGGAAAGAAGUUGAUUCGGGUAGUGACGUUCAUAAAAAGGUAAAUAUUCUGAGCGCAUCGUCAUACCUACUGUAUUAGAUUAGGUUAAUCAUGGCUUUAUUGCUGGAUAAAAGUACCCCAGCACUUUUGCUCGUAUGGGCAUACUGUGUACUGGCUGACUCAGUGUUCACGAACUUUACCCUGGACAAUGAAGUCCAUUCGAGUUUCAUACACCGGCGGCUGAAGAGUCAGGAGCGGAGAGAGAUGCAACGGGAGAUUCUGUCUAUACUCGGGCUGCCGCACCGGCCGCGACCACAUCUCCACGGGAAGCACAACGCGGCGCCCAUGUUCAUGCUGGACCUUUACAAUGCCAUGUCCACAGAGGGGGACGACGAUGGCCACUCGUACCCAUUCAAGCCUGUCUUCACGACGCAAGGGCCACCAAUCGCGACCCUGCAGGACAACAACUUUCUGAACGACGCCGAUAUGGUGAUGAGCUUUGUAAAUUUAGUGGAACACGAUAAAGAGUUCCUUCCCGUGCGACGGCACCACCGGGAGUUCCGAUUCGACCUCUCUAAGAUUCCGGAAGGCGAGGCGGUGACGGCGGCGGAGUUCCGGAUCUAUAAGGACUUCAUCCAGGAACGCUUUGACAACGAGACCUUCAGGAUCAGCGUAUACCAGGUGCUGGAGGAGCACUCCGACAGGGAGUCGGACCUGUUCCUGCUGGACUCCCGUGUCAUCUGGGCGGCUGAGGAGGGCUGGCUGGUGUUCGACGUGACGGCCACCAGUAACCACUGGGUGCUGAACCCGGGACGCAACCUGGGCCUGCAGCUCUCCCUGGAGGGGGUGGACGGCCAGAGCGUGAACCCGCGCACGGCUGGCCUGAUUGGCCGCAACGGGCCGCAGAGCAAGCAGCCCUUCAUGGUGGCUUUCUUCAAGGCCACGGAGGUGCACAUCCGCAGCGUGCGCUCCGCCCAGGGGGGCUCCAAGCCACGCAAGGCUAAGGGACCCAAGGGACAGGAGGCACUGCGGGUGGCCAACAUCGCAGAGAACAGCAGUGCGGACCAGAAGCAGGCAUGUAAGAAGCAUGAGCUCUACGUCAGCUUCCGAGACCUGGGUUGGCAGGACUGGAUCAUUGCUCCAGAGGGCUAUGCGGCAUACUACUGUGAAGGAGAGUGUGCCUUCCCCCUCAACUCCUACAUGAACGCCACCAACCAUGCCAUCGUGCAGACACUGGUGCAUUUCAUCAACCCAGACAUGGUGCCCAAGCCGUGCUGCGCCCCGACACAGCUCAACGCCAUCUCCGUCCUCUACUUUGACGACAGCUCCAACGUCAUCCUCAAGAAGUAUCGCAACAUGGUGGUGAGAGCCUGCGGAUGUCACUAGACGCUCGCUCCAUCCCGACCUGACGCCUACACAACCAGACAACACGGACAACACAUGGACAACAACACAGACACACUAGCAACGCAGGCAACAAGAAUCCUAUUCUGUACUGUAUGCACACACACACACACACACACACACACACACACACACACACACACACACACGCACACACACACACACGCACACACACGCACACACACACACACACGCAGACGCACACACUCUGUCUUCUAGGUCAGUGGAAUGCUUCCCAACCAGACGAUCGGACAACACACAGACACACAGAGACAACAGACAACCAUGGACACACACAUUCACACACCAUUUUUGGCAGUUUGUGUGUAUUUUGUUCAGUGGAUCACGUCCCCCGGAUGCCUUAA